CCUCGUGCAAUAAAACGGGGGGUGGCCUCGGCGACACUCAAUAUUGUAUCUGCCCUUCUGGAAGCGAACUAUGCACGCCGCCUUGGAUCCGGGAUUGCGUGCCACCACCCCAUCCAACCUUCUUGUUUACUCUGGCCAGGUUAGCUAGACACAGUAAGAUCCGUCGCUGGUGCCUCCCUCGCUCCUGCACGUACCGCAGAGACCGGUGGGGCGCGCCCUGACUAGGAACUCCCGGCCACCCAAUCCAGAGCCAGCCCCCCCAUUUUGGGAAGCACCUUGGAAAGCGCCUGCCCAUGCCCACAUUUAUCAGUCCCCAGCUGUUACUGCGGCACCCACGCCUUCCACUUCAACGUCGCGACUUGCAGCUGCCAUUGCGGGUUGAGGCAGGACAUUGAUAACCCAGUUCCUCUUCGACCUUUUGUUCCUCUUCAUUUCUGGCCCUGGGAUCGCGUUUGUUGGACAUCCGCCCUCAAGAAACACGACCCUGCCGCUCCUUUGAUCAUGACAUAGAGUGUCUUUUCCGCCCUUCUCAAACCCUUGUCCGCCCGCCAGCCGCAGCGGCAGCCGAGUCCCGGCAACCGAAAACGGGCAAGAUCCAAGUAAACAAUCGCCCCUAAAGCGACGCCCACCGCACAACAACGCCCGCCACCACCGCCGCAGCACCCCCGGCCUCGGGAAGCCCAUGAGAGCAAGAUGGCGACCCUCAAGAAGCAGCCGCACCCGCUUAACAGCAUGCAUACCUCGGGCAUCUUCUCCGACAGCACGAUCGACGGUCCCGAGAUCGGUACCCUGGUUCUGAUUGUCGACAAGGCCAAGAACCUGCCCAACCGCAAGACGAUUGGCAAGCAGGACCCGUACUGCGCGGCACGACUGGGCAAGGAGGCGAGGAAGACCACGACAGACGUCCGCGGAGGCCAAACGCCGAAAUGGGACCAAGAGCUGCGGUUUACAGUGCACGAUUGCCCAGACUACUACCAGCUGAAGGUGUCGGUGUUCAACGAUGACAAGAAGACUGAUCUGAUAGGCGAGACAUGGAUCGACCUGCGCGAUAUCAUCGUCACCGGCGGCGGUCAGAGUGACACCUGGCACACACUGAACUGCCGCAGCAGAUAUGCAGGCGAGAUCAGACUCGAAAUCACCUUUUACGAUUCUCGGCCCAAGCCCGAGAAGUCAGUGGCGAAGCCCAAAGCUAUCAUGGCGGGUCCUGAUUCCGAUGUCCCUGCGCCCCCGGCGCAGCAGGUGCUCACUACCCCCAAGCGCAGGCCGCUCCCAUCAGAACCACCAAACGGUCCAGCACCCGCCGUGGCCGCCGCGCCCGACCAGAUUCAAACACCGCCGCGGCAGCAGCCUAACGGGCUGGCGCCGUUUAUGCCAAAGCAGUCGCCCAUGCAGCCCAUCGAGUACAGCACCCCGCCACCACAGUCCAGCAGAUAUCAUCAGAGCAGCCACCACAACUCCCCAGCGUCGGCGCCGCCCUCCGCCUACAACACCCCACCGCAACAGCAGCCCCAAAAGAGCCAACACCCGCGCACUUCGGAAAGACACGACAAGUAUGCCGUGAGGCCCGACGAGCCCGACUAUGGAGUGGUGGCCGAGCGGCCGCAAUACUCCAGCUCCUACUCCCAGUCGCAUUCCCAGUCGUAUGAUCACCAAGACCCACGGUCGUCGUUCGAUGGGGAUCGCGACCCCUAUGUCCAGCGGAGCUUGCCGCCCAUGGAGCCUCCACGCCACGCCAGCAUUGACGAGGACAGACCGCCUCCGCCGCCUGUCCACCGGAGCAGGGGCAGCAGCGUCGCGACCGACAUGGCUUAUAGGGCAAGUAACUUCGAUGGCGCUCAGAGAGGUACGCCGCCGACAAUGAGGCAAGACGUCUUGCGGACGGCGCAUAGGCAGUCCGUAGGCCAGGCAUCAUACCCCGGGCGGCCCACGUACAGGCCGUACGACUCUGCUCCACCACCGCCUUCCAACGGGCUCCAAUAUCCAGAUGAAGCCGCUGGCCAUCAACCUCCGCCCCCACGACACCACUCUUUCGACCAAGUCUAUGACCCUCACCCCACAUACGACUCUCACCACCGAUCGAUGCAACCAACGGUCGAGGACGACCCCGAAUCGCCUACCGCUGCGACGACUACAUUCCGGAAAAGUAGCGGACGGGCGCCACAGGCUCUCCUGCAAUAUAAUGAGCCCGAAUACGACACACCUGCACCGCUAAACCUGAGUGGCAGGAACAGCGCUUCUGGGCACUAUAGCCCGACGCCAGCUGCGCCGCCACAGUCGCGCAGCCGGCAGUACUCCAAUAACGACUACGUCCACGAGAUGUCCACCUCGCCCGGCACACAACGCGCCAGCGCAUACACUUCCAACGGGGAUUCGUCCUACCCUAGGGACGGGUAUACGAGGGAUCGCCAUCAGCGCACCCCUAGUCCGAACCCCAUGGUUAAUAAUCAAGUAAGCCCUGGUGCGAACCCAUAUAUGGAUCACCACGAUGGCUCGUCUCAGAUGUACUCUGGUAGUGCGUCGAGAGACCACUAUCAGAGCAGCCCCGGUCAAAACCCGCGAUCAAACCAUCACAACAUUCCCGCCCAGCGCCAAAUAGAGUACCGGAGUGAGACGGAAGACCACUACGUGCAGCGCAGCCCGGGUGGCCAUGUAGUCCCCGCCGACAUUCCUGCUGCGCUGGUCCCCGGAGUUGACCCCAAUCUCGCCCUUGAGUUAUCCUCUCGAAUGAAUGACGACAGGCGGCACGAGAUGAGAAGAGCUUCUGAGAUGAACACGCCCACGCGUGGGAGGCAGAUGAUUGAGUACAACCAAGAGAGCUCAACGCAGCAUUUUAGCACAUCGCCCCAGCCCAUGGCGUAUGAGCACGGACAUCCACCUGGCUACUCGAAUAGCAGAGCUCCCUCCCCUGCGCCGCCACAUGCCGUCAGUCAUCGUCGGUCCAUGUCGCCCCUACCAGGUCAGCAUACUGUCAGCCACCGUCGGUCCAUGUCACCGCUGCCAGCUCAACAUGCCGUCACGCAUCGUCGGUCUAUGUCUCCUAUGCCAGGCGUGCCUCAGCAGCAGCACACAAUACGGCGCAAGUCAGUCAGCCCAGCGCCAUUGAUGGAGCCGCACCGGCGUCUGUCGGGGGUUCCGUUCGCACCGGAUUCGUUCGACGAGCUUAAUCCCCACAUGUCGGCUGGCGCUGUCAAAGACAGACACAAGGAGAGGGCAGACUUCAACGAGAAGAGUGGCAAGAUCAUCGGCCACGACGGCCGUGAGAUUGAUCCGAGUGACCACCUGCCCAUGGACACGUGGGCACCGGAGCCGGAGCCGCGGGAAUCCAAGCCACCUGCCCAGAACGCGAGGGCCUCGGACAGCUCGCUGCCCAUCGGCACGUCGGGGCGCAGGCAGCUGAGGAUUGCGGCGGUCAAGCCUCAGUCCUCACUGGUGACGUACGGCAACGGGAGCUCCAGCACAUCGGCUCUGCCAAGCUACGGUGGUGACACGUCGCCUUCAGCAGGCCGCAGAUUCCAGAAGAAGGUUGUCCAGGCUCGUGGGUCUACCAUGGCUCUCAGCACGUCCCCUGGUGGGGGCGCCCCUUUGGCGCCGCUGCAGCAGCCUUACCGACAGGGCAGCUGCGCGCCGCCGCGCUCGAUGCAGCGCGCAAGCACGUACGACUUCCACCAGAGCGAGAACCACGCACCGCUUGUUCUUUACAACGGCGGUGGUGGUAACAGAGGCGGAUACUCGAGCAACGGCGCCCCGCCGAUCCCUUCCAAAAUCCCCAUGGGAAGCGGCGGCGGUGGGGGAUACAGCUCGUCGAGCUACCGCGACGGAGGUGACCAUGGCAUGCCCGUCAUGAGCGGGGCGCUACCUGCGCCGGGCGGGUCGUAUGGCGGUAACGGUGGCGACUGGGCGCUCAUGGAGGAGAUGAAGCGCAUCGACCUUGGCGCCGGGAGGGCGCGGAGACACGGCGGGGGCUACUAAUGAACUGAUUGCCAUGCUUUAUUCUUAUUUACUUCUAUCAUUGGAUUUACGAUCUCGAGAAAACUUUCACGAAGAUGUCCAGACAGCCGGGUUUUCUUUUUCUUCCGCCAGAUCUUUUGUUUCGUUUCGUUGCUGCAACUAUGGCUGUUGCAGAUCUGCUGUAUUACUACCAAUCGUCUUUUUUUCGUCUUCUUUUUUUGCCUCCUGUUUGGGUCGGGACUUUGCGAUGUAAUGCGGGUGGAAUAAUCUGGGUGGAGAACACGAAAGGGCCUCUUCUAUAUACUGCUAGACGCACAUGGCACGAUGAAAUGCGAAUGGGUAUAUGUCCUUUUUUCUUUCCCGUGACACCAGUUCAAUAUCAGGGGUGAUCGCCAGCCCCCUUAUUGCGACGAUCAAGAUGCUGCAAACAACAUCAAUGCCUUCGAU